UCGAGACUUUCAGUACUGGUUUCAGUGUUCAAAUCAGUUCUUCCCACAUUCCGGAAAUGGUGAGAACUCCCUGUUGUGAUAAAAGUGGACUAAAGAAAGGAGCAUGGACUCCUGAAGAAGAUAAGAAGUUAGUAGCUUACAUUACCAGAUAUGGCCAUUGGAAUUGGCGUGAGCUUCCCAAGUACGCCGGUCUAUCAAGAUGUGGAAAGAGUUGCAGACUUCGAUGGAUGAAUUACCUGCGACCGAAUAUCAAAAUUGGGAAUUUCAGCAGAGAAGAAGAGGAAAUCAUCAUCAACAUGCAUCAAGCUCUAGGGAACAAAUGGGCAACAAUGGCAACAAAAUUACCAGGUAGGACAGACAAUGACAUCAAGAACCACUGGCACAGCAAACUCAGAAAACUCUUGAAACAAAAGUUGAAGUUAUCAGAAUCAAAACCAGACAACUCAUCUGAUGAAUGCAAAGCUAACAGUAAACAAGAAUUAGAGCUCCCCAGUGCUCUCUCACUCCAAACUUUGGAAAGCUCACCACCAUUGUUCUCCUCAAGCACUGAUUCUAUAUUUGGAACUAGUACUGUUUCACCAGAGAAAUUUGCAGAACUCAAUAUUGGGGGUUUCUGGACAGAACCAUAUGUGGCAGGGAGCUCUUAUAUCCAAGAGAAUUUUCAGCAAACUUGGGUUGAUCCAGGAAUUCAAUUCCCUCUUUAUCCCUUGUUGCUUGAAGACUACUUCUGUACUUACGGAUCGUACGAAGACAAUUACAUGGAAUGGUUCAACUAA